GCUCCGCCCCAGUCCCCUGACUGCUCACUCCCAGCUCGCCCUGUGAACCCUGCUUCCCUGCUCGGCCGGCCAGAGUGACCGAGCAAUCGUCCAGAUCCCUCGGCGACACCAUGUUGGGAAUGAUCAGAAACUCGCUGUUCGGCAGCGUAGAGACGUGGCCUUGGCAGGUUCUGAGUACCGGGGGCAAGGAAGAAGUCUCCUAUGAGGAAAGAGCCUGUGAAGGGGGGAAGUUUGCCACUGUGGAAGUGACAGACAAGCCUGUGGACGAGGCUCUCCGGGAAGCAAUGCCCAAGAUCAUGAAGUAUGUGGGCGGUACCAAUGACAAAGGAAUUGGCAUGGGGAUGACAGUGCCCAUUUCUUUUGCCGUGUUUCCCAAUGAAGAUGGCUCCCUACAGAAGAAACUGAAAGUCUGGUUCCGGAUUCCGAACCAAUUUCAAAGCAGCCCACCGGUUCCUGGUGAUGAAAGUGUGAAGAUCGAAGAGCGGGAGGGCAUAACUGUCUAUUCCACGCAAUUCAGUGGUUAUGCCAAGGAAGCAGACUACAUCGCUCACGCCACCCAGCUACGUACUGCCCUGGAGGGCACAACAGCCACCUACCAGGGUGACCUCUACUACUGUACCGGCUAUGACCCUCCCAUGAAGCCCUAUGGACGUCGCAAUGAGGUCUGGCUCGUGAAGACAUGAGUCAUUCACUGAACUGAGAACGCCCUGGAAGUGUGCCACUGUGUCCCCUGUCUUGGGGUCAGGAGGGAGCAGUGCUUCUCCAGUUCCAACUUUCCUUCAAAACCCCUCACUGCCGGCUUUCUAAAACGAGCCGAGAUUGGCAGCGUCAUUCUUGUUGAGUUUUAAAAUUCUGUGGCAGAUCAGGAAAUUCCCAGCAGGAUUCUCUCUGCCAUCUGGGUCACUGGAAACUGAUUUUUAAAAAUGAUCUAGUUUGUAUUUUUGUUAGUGAGGGAACAUGUGAUUUAUGCAUGAGCUUUUCAUCUGUAAUUCUUCUAAGAACUUUGUCUAGGGAGAAACCAAAAAUACAAAUCUUUGACAUAAGCAG